UAACUGAGAUAAUAUUCGAGUAUUUUUGAUUAUUAUAAACAACACUUGACCAGUUUCAGUCAGUUCAGUCGGAUUUGUGCUCAUUUUAAUAAUGUGAGAUACCUAUGGUUAAUUAAUGGGGCUUGUUUUCGCCGGGCUGCCCCGGAGAUCAGUGUGUUUGUCGACGGAGCAACUUACUCCAUGUGACGUGAGAGUCGGAGGAAACUAGUCGAGAGAGAUGUCGGGAUGAUCCGGAUUAAUUGAGUUCUUCAGGUGUUUUAUGAUCUGGCAUCUUACCGUCAUCAUGAACUUACAAGCAAAUAGAUAGAGACUGAGAUGAAUAACACGUGUUGCUUUAAAUGGUUGUUAGUUGAAGAAAACGAGGUAAAAAUGGAGUAAAAAAUGAAACUCAGCGGAACUGACUUCAACUAAAGCUUUUACCCUGUUUGGUGAUGGGCUCGGUGACUUCUGCCCUAACAAGGACAAGAAAUGCAUUGGUGAAAGUUGGUUCGGAGCCGGAAAACCAGGACCCUGAGAGGAGCCACUCCGCCCCGGAAUCGGACCGGGCCAAGAAGAGGAGCGCGCGGUUCAACGUGUCGAGCCAAACCGGACGACAGAGUUCCCGACAGUCGCUCUCCGAGGUGCUGAGCAGGCAGGACUCUGACGGAGCCAGGCAGGCUGCGAAGAGAAAGACACCUGAGGGUGUACGGACAGUGGCAAAUGAAGAUGGGGAGAGCUCAAACAGACCACAAGCCAGUUUUUCUCGCUCAAAGUCCCAGAGUGCUUUGUGGAACGCCAUCACGGCAGGGAUGGGCAUCAAAGGCAAAGAGCAGAAGGCCCCCCUGAAUGACCCACGGAGCCCUGAGGAGAUUCUGGCCGACGAGCUUCCUGCAGCAGAUGAACCAGAUGCCACAGAGAAAACAGCCAUCAGAUUAAGAUGUCUGGUGAAACAACUGGAGAGAGGAGAGGCUUCCCUCACUGACCUCAAGAAAAACCUGGAAUAUGCAGCGACGGUGCUGGAAUCCGUGUACAUCGAGGAGACGAGGCGUUUGGUGGACACAGAAGAUGAGCUCAGUGACAUCCAGUCAGAGUCGGUGCCAUCGGAGGUGCGGGAUUGGCUGGCCUCCACCUUCACCCGACAGAUGGGCCUGAUGCUGCGACGCAAUGAGGAGAAACCUCGCUUUCGCAGCAUCGUGCACGCCGUGCAGGCUGGCAUAUUUGUUGAGAGGAUGUACCGACGCACCUCCAAUAUGGUGGGACUCAGCUACCCCCCGACUGUCAUAUCUGUGCUUAAGAACGUGGACAGGUGGUCCUUUGACGUCUUCGCUCUAAAUGAGGCCAGCGGGGACCAUGCACUUAAAUUCAUAUUCUACGAGUUGCUCACAAGAUAUGACCUUAUUAGCCGCUUCAAGAUCCCAAUCUCUGCAGUGGUGUCAUUUGUGGAGGCCCUAGAAGUGGGAUACAGCAAACAUAAAAACCCCUACCACAACCUGAUGCAUGCCGCUGAUGUCACACAGACUGUACAUUACCUGCUACUCAAGACCGGCAUGGUGCACUGGUUGACUGAGCUUGAGAUCUUUGCUAUGAUCUUUGCGGCAGCGGUGCACGACUACGAGCACACGGGGACCACAAACAACUUUCACAUCCAGACAAGGUCAGACACAGCCAUCCUGUACAAUGACCGCUCAGUGCUGGAGAGUCACCAUGUCAGUGCAGCAUACCGCCUGCUGCAGGACGACGAUGAGAUGAACAUCCUGUAUAACCUCUCCAAGGAUGACUGGAGAGAGCUGCGGGCUCUGGUGGUGGAGAUGGUGCUAGCCACAGAUAUGUCGUGCCACUUCCAGCAGGUGAAGGCCAUGAAGAACUUCCUACAACAACCAGAAGGCAUCGACAAACCCAAAGCUCUGUCCCUGCUGCUGCACACGGCAGACAUCAGCCACCCAGCCAAAAGUUGGGACCUCCACCACCGCUGGACCACCUCCUUACUGGAAGAGUUCUUCAGACAGGGGGACAAAGAAUCCGAGCUCGGCCUGCCGUUCUCCCCACUCUGCGACCGAAAGUCCACAAUGGUAGCGCAGUCCCAGAUCGGCUUUAUAGACUUCAUCGUGGUGCCCACCUUCACGGUGCUGUCAGACAUGAUGGAACGUAUUGUCACGCCACUCAUUGAUGAGGCCUCUCAUUCAGGUCUUGCCGGCUUUAGACGCUCCAGUCUAAACAGUAUUAGCUCAGACGAGACCAAGAGGCACAGCGUGAAGAGCAUAGGCUCCGACAGCAGCUCGUCAGGACAAGGCUCUCUGCUGACGGUGGACCUGAAGAACUUCAAAGCGCUGUGGAACGAAGAGGUUUACCAGAACAGAGAGAGAUGGAAAUCACAAGCUGCUAAAGAGGCAGAAGAGCGAGCGAAAAAGGAAGCGGAGGAGCAAGCCCAGCUAGAAGAGAUCAUGGAUCCCCAGGAGGUCCUAGCAGAAUCAGAGCAGCCUGAAGAAAAGGGGGACCAAUCAGAGGGGGAGGAACCCGAGUCAGCAGAGGCUAGCAGACCAGCAGAUGGCAACACAGAGGAAACAGAGCAGGGCGCUCAGCCGGGGAGCGCUGCACACACUCCGCUGCAGAACGGAGAGCUGUCUGAAGGGGCGAUAUCUCCAGAGGGCGAAGAAGACAAGAACAAAGGAGUUGAUGAGGUGGCGAUGGAAUAAGCACGCUGUGGAGAAUCACACAGUCACUUCUCUGCUGCCCUGCUGUCGACCUGAACCUGCAUUUAUUUGUUCGGGGAGAACUCAGACUCACUCCAGAGGGAACCCAUUAGUUGGACUGUGUCCCCCUCUACAGGACACAAAGAAACUGACUCACCUCCUGUCUAUCCUCUGUUUUCUCCUUUACCGUGUUUAUCCUCCCACGCUCUUGUGUGCAGAGCUCGCAGCUCCACCCACGUGCAUUCUCCCCUCACUCCUGCUUACUAAAAAAGGCGAGAUUGAGGAAGCUUCAAUGACCUUAACACAGUGGGGAAGAAGAAGAAGAAGAGCCUUUGGAGGACUGACACUGAAAAUGUUAUUUUCAUUAGUCUGCCAAUCUUUGACUUCAAUGUAAGCUGUUUGUUUAACUCAGACAUGUAGCCAUUGUACUCCUCACACUCUUCCUCUUGUGUUUAGCCUCUCUGUCAUCACUUUAGAUUUUAGCACCACAUGUACAGUCUACUGCAAAGUUUAUUUAUUCUCAUGAGGUUUAGCAUCACAGCAGUUUAUUUAGCUUUCUGCUACAUACUACAUAGGAGCAGAUUUGUAUAAAAUGCCACAUAGAUGGGCAUUAACAGUAACAGCAGAUGAGUAUAUUUACAGUACAUAGGGGUUAACUCACAGGUUUAUAGCACAACUAUUUUACAAGAAAGUUCCUCCUUAUACAGAAACACUAUGUAGAAAAGUCAUGUCUGUGUGUCUCUUAAAAACCAACUGUGGCUCAUAUUUCCUCUCGUUUACUUUCUUCACACUCUUCUCCGACUUUCUGCAUUUCUUAUGCGUUUGUGUUCCUCAUUGCCACAUUUAUAUUGUUUGUUGUGUGUUUUUUGUCCAUAUUGCUGUAUAUAUUGAAAGUUUGUAUAUGUACUGAUCUGAGGAAGAGUAGAAAUCCUAUGAUUCCACAGUCGACUAAUGGAUAUUUUUAUGGAUAUAAUGUAAGAUAUUGCAGUGGGAACAUGUCCAAAAAUUAGAAUGCAAUUUUUGCAACUCAAACAUAUCACACACAAACACACACACACACACACACACACACACACA